AUGCAGACACGAAAAAGCUUGGUUGGCCGGGCAUGGGUCGAUAAGAGCCUCAAAAGAGCUGCUCGCCUUGUGGGUGCCGUGACGGUCAAUUUGGACCUGACCCGGUCUGCGCCAGCACAGUUUCAGCAAGCAGCCAUUGACCGCGUCCGAGAAUGUCUCGCUCCAGAAACGCGCAGGCAGCGUCCGUCGCCCGCCGACGUGGAGCACGACAGCGCCGUCAUUGUGGCCUCCAGGUCGCUCGCUGCCUGGCUGCAUGACGAUGGCUUUGUCUCGCAUAUGCUUGCCGCGGCCGGCCUGACCCACGCCUGCUCCAAGGAGCUGACUGUCUUGACUGCCGCCGUCGACGAGGUCCCUCGGUACGAUGCCCGGCUCGACCUCUUCGGCUCGUCAGAAGGAAUCUCAGUCUUACGCGGGGUUGGCCGCACUUUAAUGCCAUACCCAUUCGACCCUCCAUCGGCCAAAAGGAGUUCCCGGCCACCCUCUCUCAGGAUCUCACUGCCGCCUACCUACUGGCCGGGCCGUCUGACUGUCGAGGUUCCGCUUGCCAACACCGUCUUCGCCAACGGCAGCCCGCAUACACUCUACGCAAGCCGAUGGCGAUCCGAUUCAGGCUCGGCCCCGACCCUGGCCGAAAGAUUCGAGCGGCGAUAUCAAUCAAUCAACCUCACCAGAGACGACCUGGGCUUCCACGACAGAUCUUUCAGCACAGUGAUAGGCAACCUAAUCCCAGUGACUACCCCGCGUAAGGUUCUAGGCAGCCUUGGCAACAUUGUAUCGCAAAUCGAAAUCGACGGCCAAUCGGCUCCGGCGUCCAAAGAGCUCGAGUCCAUUGUUCCGUCGCUCCUCGAGCAGCGACGCAGACUGCAGGGCGAGAACCAACCAGUUGGCCCCGUCGGCGUCUGGGCCCUGACCAUACCACACCGAUACAUGGAGGCACGUCUGCCGACUCUGGCGCCCUUGCAGUUGAAUGAAUACCGCCCCGAGGAUGAACUACGUUUGGCCAGGGCGGCUGCCGACGAGCUCGACUGGUUCAUCGCCGCCCGUUGCCGAUUCCACAGAGUCUUGAGCGGUGGCGGAGGCUGGGGAGCGAAACGAGGCCUUUUGUCCUUAGAUCCCCAGACCAGUCUUGCAACGGACGAGUCUCAAAACUUGGAAAACUUCAUCAGGUCUUUCGAGGGAAACGCUGGCGGCAUCGUCAAGCCGGGGACAUUCGUACAGUUCUUCGUCGAGGCGGCUAACCCCACAAGGGAGGGGUUGGAAGCACCCUCGCCUCGCCGAUGGGGUCCCGGUUGGAACUCAGACACGGUAACGACCGUGUUUGGCACUUCGGGUGCAGCACUGAACGCCUCGCCGCUGGACGUGGUCAACUCAUGCCCGAGCCUGUUUGGCGCUAUCUCCACGGAGGGCGUAUACGUGUUCAAGAGCGACAUCCGCCAGUCGACCAAGCUGGACGUCCCUCGUUCAUACUUGCUGUCCCACCAGCGGUUUCCCGGCCCUCCGAUGGAGAACCGGACCCGGGUGGUGCCUCCCACUCAAAAGGUGCAAGAUGCCGUCCCCGUACUGGACGUUGAUCAAUAUGAACAUACGUAA